UUCGUGCAUUAAGAGUAGUUGUUAAUCUAUAACAAAUCAUAUUAAUAAAACGCGUAUUGCCAUAUUAUAUAUAUUAAUUAUUACCACAAUAGUGUUUAAAUAUAAUUAAUUGUUAUUUAUUAAUAAUGUAUCGCAGUAACCUCAUUAUAUGGUAGCUGCUAAGCGGGAAUUAUACGCGGGAAAAUUUUUCUUUACGUAGAAGAUGAGUUAACCGUGGCGCUAGAUCGUAGCCAACAACUACGAAGCAACAUCAUCAUAUAACAUUAACAUCAUUCACCUACGCUUAUAUUUUUUUAAAAACUAUUUUUUAUAAAAGGUUAACAAAUAAUAAAUUAUUUGUACUUGUGGUUUUAGAAGUAGUGCCUAAAAAAAGGCACACUGAGGGUAUGAGUACAUCAACAAUGCCAGGAGUAGGAUCAACACCACCAUCAUCGGGACACUCGAUGCUACCGAUGAAUGUUAUGGCACAAAAAGUAAUGCCAGGUGGUGAUCCUGGUUCAAUGAAACCAUUGAGUGGCACUAAUUUGAGUUACGUUACACUCCAACCCGCAAGCCAACCUCUUAGUUUGGUACAGGAUCACAGGUCACAAGUUUAUCCAACACCUUAUAAUCAAUCGACAUCAACACCAGCCUCAGCAGCUACAGCAGCAGCAUCUAGUAAUAUUAAUGCUAAUACUGAAAGAGAAAUUAGUGAAUCAACAGAUAGUAAAUCUGUACAAAAUGGAUUGGAGAAUAGUGUCAAUAAAACAGGAGUGACAGCUGGUGCUGAUGAAUCUAAUUUACAAUCUAAACAAAAUCAAGAGGCUAAUAGAAAUAAUAAUAUAAGUCCUCAAAGUUCAUCAACUGAAAGUCAAGAUGACGUAAAAUCUGAUCCACAACCAUCAACAUUUACUGAAAAUUCUGCAGCAGUAAAUAUGACACAGAAAACUGAGGAAAAGAAAAUUCCUGUUAAUAAUGGCACAAAAGAAGCUGAUAAUUCAUCGUCAUCGACGUUAACGUCAACACAAAAUAAAGUAUCUCCAGCGCAAAAAAUAGAUGAUACGCAGCCUAAAGUUGACGCUAGUGGUAGUACUAAAAAAUUACCCACAACACCAACAAAAGCAACAGCUAAUGAAACAAGUUCACCGACAACAACAAUGACUAAAGCUGAACAAAAAAUUAAUUCACCUGUACGAACUCCAAAACGUAAAUCCCGUGAAUUAAAAGAUUUAAAAAGUCCAGCUGCUGAAAGUGGUAGCAAACCUAAAAGAAAUCGGGUUCAGACUCAACCUUAUCAGAGUCCUUUACCGGAAAUAGCAUUGAUUGUUAAACAGACUCUUAAUAAAACGCCUGCUAAUAAAAAUCCUGAUGAUAAACUCAUCGUAUUUUACAAGAAUGAAUUCUUAGCAGUACGUAAUGCUGAAGGUAGUUUUUAUGUAUGUCAAGCAAUGCAAAAUAUUUACAAGUCUAGCCGACGUAUUCGCAUACGCUGGCUUUCCCAGGAUAAAAAUAAUGGAGAAAUUUAUUCACCUGAUUUUUAUGAUUUUACUGAUUUCGAUUGUAUCCUGACGAAUUUAAAUUUGAACAAAGUUGACAAAAAUAAAUAUCAAUUAACUAAAUUUGAAUUAUUGCGUACGGAAAAUAUAUUAAAACGUGCUAUUGAUGUUGAGGCUGGUGUUUCUGAAAAACCUAGUGUAACGGAAGAACAUCCUGAUGGAUUGGACUUGUCGCUGUAUAAAGACGAAUCACAAUUGAAGAGGAGAAAAGGAUCAAGUAACCCAAAACAACGUCAACGUAAAAGGUCAAAACGUGAAUCAUCAAGUUCAUCGUCGUCUUCCUCAUCCUCCUCGGAAGAUGAUAGCAGUGAUGAAGAGCCAGAAAAAAAAUCAACAACAGCUACAGCAACGACAACUACCACAACACCUAAAUCAAACCGUGUUAAAAAACGUCCAGCGGCAAAUAACAAAGCACUGGCUAUCGCUAAAUCAGUAGCUAAUGUAUCAAGUCGUUCUAAGCGAAUUUUAAAUCGUGGUAAUAAAAUAGAUUCCGUUAAUGACAAUACGACGAAUUCCGGAAACACAAAUGCCAGUAGUGGAACUGGUGUCAGUGCUGAUGCCAAUACUGGUGCUGGUAAACGUGCCAUUAAUACUGAUGUCAAAAAAGCUGAAGCGAAAAAAACAACAAAACCUCCUCCGUCAAAUCCAAGCUCAACGUCAAGAACGAAAUUACGUGGGUCAACACAAACUGUCGAGACGAGCAGUAAUAAUUCAACAAGACGUGGAAAGCGAUUGGCUGCUGGUACUACCGGGGUGACAUCAACUGAGGGUUCGUCUGAAAAAAAAUCACGUAGCAGAGUGUAAUAAUAAAUUGAUAAUUAAUAACUAAUGCAUUUUUAAUUGAUAUUUAAAAUUUAUAAAUUAUAUAUUAUUAAUUAAAUAUUAAAUACACAAUAAUAUAAUAAUAAUAAUUAAUAUUAAUAUUAAUAAUUAUAAAUAAUCUAAGAUCCGAUACGUGAAUAAUUAUUGUAUGAUGAAAAGUCAUUGUGAUUUGCUUAUGUCAUGUUAAAAAGUAAUGUUUUUAUAGAAUUUAAUAUAUAUUAUUAUUAAUCUUGAUAUUGAUGGUAAUACCAGAUAUAUAUUAAGAGUUACCUAAUAAUAAAAUGAAAAAAAAAGAAAAUAAUUAAAUUAAAUAAAAUAAAGUAAAGCUUCUGACCAAUUUAAAAUGUAAAUUACACGAUGUCUUUUUUUCAUUGACAUUGCAGUUAAAUAUAAACUCGCGUAUCGGAUCUUUUUAAUUAUUAUUGAUAUUCUUUGAGAAAGUCAUUUUAAAAUGAAAAUAAAUAAAUGUGUGAGAGUGAAUUAUUAAUGGUAAUAAUCAUAAUAAAAUAAUAACAGUUAUAAUAAUGAUACCUUUGAGGGUAGAUAAUAAUUAUCUUACUGGUGGUUUGAUUUAUAAAUAAGGCGUUUAUGCUGACAAAAUAAUAAUAAAUAAUAAAACUUUUGCAAUAGUAUAUUUUUGAUGUUGUAAGUGAAUGUUGUUAUGCGUUAUUUUAAUACGAUUAUAACCAUUCACUUUAUCAUCAGAUUUAUAAGUAUGUACAAAUAUUACAUGGUUUGGUAUGUAAUGAAAAGGUUUCUGUACUACAGAAAUAAUUUUAUCGAGAGGCGAUUUUUUAAAAAAUAAAAAAACGCAAGUCAAAAAUUUUAAAUGAAAUUUAAUAUGAUAAUAUUAAUAUUUCUUUUAAUAUUGAUAUUAUUAUUGAUAUUUAUAAAUUUUAUAAUUAUUUCAAUUGGGAAUAUUUGAAAAUUUUUAAUUGAAUUUUGAUUAUUUUAAAUCACUGCUCAAUCAUUUACUACAGCAGUUGUCGUCCAAUUUUUUGUUUUUCUUUUAUUUUUAUUUUACAAAGUUUCCAAUCAAUGUAAAAAAAAAUUUUUUUUUUUUUUUAGUUGCUUUUAAUUAACUAGAUAACUUUUUGUAAAAAUUACUUAGCAAAAAUUUGAAAAAAAAUUACUGUUCGUAAAAAAAAAAUUUUAUUAAGGAUUCAUUGUAAAAAACUAUUAUAAAUUUAUAUGACUGUAAAAUUUUAGAUCGACAUAUGCAAGUGUUAAGUGCGAUAAUGAAAAAUUUAAACAAAUUUUUCUCCGAAAUUAUUUCAUAAAAUUUUAAAAAAUUCACACGAAUAAAAAAAUUUAUAAGAAACAUUUUUUCUGAACGUAAUAAGGAGUUUACUUUAUGCAAGCCACUGAUAAAAAAUUUUUUUUAAAUUUAAUAAUUUUUCAUUUGUACUUUUCUAGUUCGAUACAAUUACGAAAUUUGCUGUAAUAUAUUUACACUACUCUGUAAUAUAUAUUUUUUAAACAAGCUGAUAUAGUCUCCUAUAUUGAAAAAUUGUGAAAUGUUUAUUAUUAUCUUAUCAUUUAUAAUAAUAUUAAUUAAUUUUAUUGAGAAAAAACCUUUACUUUGUUUUUGUAACCAUUGUCUGCUUCUUUAAAAAAUUAAAAAAAAAUAUAUUAGAGUCUCAAGCCAGUAAAGUACUAAAAAUUAUCAAAUUUAAAAAUCAUUUUUUAUUGUAUUCUUUGCAUAGUAAAUUCGGAGAAGAAUUAUAAUUUUUGAAAAUUAAUAAUUAAAAAUUUUUAGCCCUCUAUGACGGUUCUAAAAAUUACAGAAUUUUUUUCCAUUUGAGAUUUAAAAUCUUUAUCGGUGAAUUUAAAACUUUUGGCUGUUACUUCAUUAAAAAAAAAAAAAAUGUGUCGUUUAAAUUUUUCAAAGAUACACUGUAAAUAAUUCGAAGUGAAUUCGUCGAAGUGAUUACGAAUUUUAUUUGAAUCCGAAUUCACUCCGGUACUCAGAGUUCCAGAGUUAAAAAGAAAAUCACUCCGCUAAUAUUCCGAUUUACUCCGAUUUAGAGUUUUAAUAUUGAAACAAUUUCUCUUUAGGAGUUGAUUUCACUUCAAACCGGAGUUUCAGUAUUCAAAUAAACUUCCCUUCGAAGUAAAUUUCACUCCGAGAAAAUUAAAUAAAUAAAUAAAUAGUCAUCCGCUUUACAUUCAAUCCGCAUUCACUCCGUAUUGAAUCUGCGUUCACUUCGCAAAUUUUUUACAGUGUACUAUUGAGUAGUUUAAAAAAAAAACAUUUUUUAAAUUUUUUAUUUUAAUCGCUGCAAAUACUUGCGUAUUUUGAUUUACAAUUUCAAGUAAGUAAAUUUGAUCAAUAGUAGAAAAAAAAAGUGACAGGCAUUUUUUCCAUAGUUAUCCAGUUAUAAUAUUUAGACUAAUUUAUUAAAAUAUAAAAUAUAUUUUUAAGUCAUUGACUCGUGUAUUGAUUAAUUUAAAAAAAUUUUAUUAUUAAUUUGACAAAAGCUUUCAUUGAAUUUUAUUUUUAUGACAAAUAUUUUUAUAUUGAUUGGAUUGAAAAAGUUAAAUUACUGUGUAUUUAAUUUGAAAAUUAUUAUGGAUAAACAUGUUUUUCUUUUUUAAUUUUUAAAUAAUCAUAAUGUAAGAUUUAAAAUCAAUAAUACAUAAUCUAUAGAAAAUAAAUAUUUAGAAUUUUAUUGAACCGGUAGAAGCAGUGUGAAAGUUAUACAUUUGAAUAUAUAUUACAUUGUACCUACUGUAACAUCAACAACAACAACAACAGAAAACACAAAAUAAUCAUGCUAAUACUUAUGAUUUUUCUCCAUUAGUUUAUUUAAAAAUAUUAUUUUAAAAAAUAAUAAUUAUUGAAUUUAAUUAAUACUGUGUAUUUUAUUAAUUUGCCAAGGAUUUGAAAUAAGAUUGUUUGUUUACGGUAUACAGUAAAUUACAUUCGAUAUUAUGUCAAAUCUUAAGAAGGUUCUCAGACAAUACCCCCCACUUUUUAAAAAUAUUCAAUGACUUCUAACUCUCAUAAACGUAUCAAAAUUGUAUCAAUUAAUUGAAUAAAAAAUAGACAAUUGUCGCCGAGAUAUAGAUUUAAAAAAAAAUUACUUACAAUUGUUAUCAAUUAGGAGUUAAACGAAAUUUGUUGAAUAAAUUUUAGUAAAAUCUUUAUGUCAACAUUAUAAUUUGAAACGUCAAAUUUUGUGAAGUGAAAUUUUUUUCAGAGAGUGAAAUAAGUGAUUUUUCAAUGAACCGUUUUCAUAGAUAAAGACCCGAAUCAUUAAAUAAAAUAUUUCAUUCGAUGUGUAAAUUUAUCGAAUCGAAUGUUUCUCGUUCGAAAAUUUUAGUUUAUAUCUGAUAACGGCUCAUUUUAAAUUUCUAUUUGCUAAUGUAAGUGCAACAAGGACCGUUUUGUUCGUUUACAUGUGUGUGAGAAAGAGGAUAGAUGGCAAAUCCUCUUAACAAAUUUCUUUAACCUCUGAUUGAUGAAAACUGUAAGUAAUUUUUUUUUUAAAUUUGUAUCUCAAAAUUGUAACGACGUUGUCUUUUUUUCCAUAAAUCAUUUAACUUUUUUAAAAUUAAUUAAUAAAAAAUUGGAACCUUAAUUGAAAAAAAAACAAGUAGUUGCAAUUUCACUGAGAUUCAGAAUUCAAAAAAAAUUAUUUACAGUUUUUAUCAAUAAGGAGUUGAACAAAAUUUGAUGAUUAAAUUUUAAACUACAAAAUUUGAAUUUGGAAUUGAUAUGGAAUUUUUUACUGAAAUUUAUUUAACGAAUUUCGUUUAACUUCUAAUUGAUGUCAACUGUAAGUAAUUUUUUUUUAAAUCCAUAUCUCAGGAAAAUUGCCCUUUUUUAAAAUUAAUACUACAAUUUUUUUUCAAUUCAUUGAUAAAAUUGAUAAAAUUGUGAUACGCUUCUGACAGUUGAGUCAUUAAAAAUUUUAAAAAAGUGGGGGUCAUUGUUUGAGAAUGUCCUUAAUUAUAAAUUGUUAAUUUAGACGUUAAGUUACAAUUUAAAAAACAAAAAGAAAAGAAACAAAACUAAAAAUUCAUAUAUAUAAUUUUUAAUUGAAUAAUAAUAAUAUUUUUUUUUGCAGAUAUUUCUUUAUUAUUAUUAUUAUUAUUAUUUUGUUUAGAGAAAGCAUCUGAAAUAUGCUUUAUGCAAUUUAUGUAGUAAUUUCCUUAGAUGAACUUUUUAUGUAGAGGAAUUAUAUUAUAUAUAUAUUUUUGUGCUUUGAUUAUUUUUUUUUUAUUUCAUAAUUUUUAUUAAAUUUUUGUUUGUAAUAAAUAUAUAUCUUUAUAACUCUUUUUUAGCUGAAAAUAAACUCACUUUAUAUACACAAUAAUUUUUAUUACUGCACAGCAGUUAAUUUUUUCACAACAAACAAAAAAAAAAUUAGAUAAUAAUUAAUUGAUAGAUAAAAUAAUAAAUUAAUGUAUAAAGUCUUUUAAAAAUGUCACCCAAUUUUAUUUACUGGGUUUAUUAUUUUAAUUAUAUUUAAUAAUAAUUAUAAUGAUUACUUAUAAAUAAAUAAUUAAUAAUUACAGUAAUAAUUAAUUAGUAAUUAAAAUUAAAAAGAAAAUUGAAAACUGUUUGAGCGAUUGGACAUUCUGAGUAUAAGAGUGUUGUUAAAAAAAAAAAAAAUUAUAAAUAUUAAUUAUUCCUUUAAUUAUUCACUUUAAAAUAAUCACUGUUUAAAAUUUUUAUUAAUUAAAAAUUAUGUUACUUUUUAAAAAAAAUUUUAAAUUUUUUUAUAACAAAAAAAAAAGUUUUAAACAGUGACGUUUAUAAAGUUUUCAAAAAUAAAUAUAUUUUUUACAUAUUUUUAUUCAUAAAUAUUAUAUAUUAUCACUUUUAAGUAUCAAAAAAUUCUUCUAUUUAAUGAUGGCCGAUGGGAAAUUUUUUUAAAUAAAAUGAGAAAUUUUAAUUUUCGGGAAAAAUAAAUUUGACAUACGAAAUUCUAACGGCUUAUUGACGACUAAUAAUUUUGAAAUCAAUGUAAAUAAAGUCUAGUUUAAUUUUUAUGAGAUUUCAAUUAAUAUGUGAAUAUUUCUUGUUUGCGAUCAUUACCAAUUUAAUUUAAAAUAUCUUCCUUAGUUCGAAAAAUAUGCAUAUUUGCAUUUAAAAAAUUUUACUGGUGCUAAAAAAUGUUUAGGAAUAUUAUGGCUGAUAAAAUAAAUGAGAUUUAAAACACAUAUUUAUAAUUAAAUCUGACUUAUAAUAUUCAACGAUACGCUGGAAAAUGUUCUAAAGAUUUAAUUUAAAAAAAAAAGGAAAAUUUGAAAUUUGCGGGUCAUGAUAUUUUGGAACUGAGGUAAUGAUUUAACUUGAGUACUGUCAUAAAACACAAUCGCUUGUCUAAUACUAAGGUAAGGAAAAGCUAUUUGGUACAAUAAGCGGAAGCGUUACAUUGUUAAUUAUUUAGGUAAUUUAUUUAUUUAAUUAAAUAUUAGUGUCCCUCAGUAGAAAAUUUUCCAACUCAACAUUUUUCUGUCAGCAAUCAUCUCAAUAAACAUUUUCUAAUCCUAUUAGUAUUUAAAAUUUUUAAAGCAUAAAAAUUCUUACAGAAAAUUUUAUUGCAAAAAUUUGAGGCCGCUAGUGUUUUGAAAAAUCAUUAACAGAAAAUUUAUGCUAAAUAAUAAUCCUUUAAAUGAUAAAUAUGUUUUAUUUUUGUUAUUUAUUUAUUUGUUUCUAUUAUUUUCUUUUUUAUGUACACAGAAAUAACGGAUUUCAUGACGCCUGAAAUAUUUUGCACUAUGAAGUGAAAACAAAAAUUAUGUUCGGACUGGAAAAAACUUCUUGACGCAAAAAUUUUUUCUUGCUCCGAGAAAUUUAUUGUUUUCAAUUUAUAGUGCAGAAAAUUUUUUGCGUUAACAGGGGUUCGCACUUUUCUCUCUAUGACGCUCAAGUCCACGAACGAUAUUAUCUUUGAUGCACUUGUGCAGUAAAUAGAAACUUUGGCCGAGUUUUUCUCUUAAAUAAACGAAUAUUAUGAAAUAAUUAAAGCGCAUUUUGCUAGAUUAGACAGUAAUGCAUCAAAGUGCUGUCUGUGCUUUGUAUUGAGAGAUUUUGUUUCCGAAAAAAAAACCCAGCCGAAAAUAUCUGAUAACCCCUGUUAAGUAAAAAAUAUUCUUAGGGCGAGUAAAAAUUUUUUGAGCCAAGAAAUAUUUUUUUUCUGUGUAGAAAUUUUAUAAGUUUUUUGGCUCUCCUGUAAAAUUAAAAAAAAUUGAAUUAAAAUAAAAUUUUCAUUAUUUUAAUUUGUACUUAAAUAUAAUUAGGGCAUUAUUGAAUAAUUAUAACAUAAAUUUUAACAGAAAUUAAGUUUCAAAAAUAGACAGAAUUGCGCCAUUAAAUUUAGUCACUUAAAAAUUAUUUAUAGUUAUAAUUUUAGUUAAAAAUUUUAUUUUUGUUUACAAGUAAGAAAAAAUUUUUUGAAUUUACAAUUUUGAUUUGAUAAAUAAGUAAAUAAAUAUUUUAUUAGGUAAGAUAAUUUUUAUGAUUAUUGUUGACCUACAGUUUUUAAAAAAUAAUCGGUCAAAAUAAACUUUAAUCUCUAAAAACUAGAUGGUAAGUAAAAUGUAUCAAAACAAAUUUUCAAAAAAUUUAAUACAAAAAAAAUUGGUAUAGAUAAAUUUUGUUAUUAAUUAAAAAUUUUUACGAAUAAUUAACUAUUCAAGUUUUUUU